CCAGUGCGCCAGCGAGGUCCGAGGGUUCGAGAUUCCGGGGGGGUGAUAGAUCCAGGGCUCGGGGGGGUCCAAGCUUUGGUGGUCCCGGUGCUCGGAGAUCCCAGCAGAGCCCCAGCCGUCGCGGCACCCACCGACACCACCACCGGGCAUUCUUUCUUCCCUCUCCCCCCCCCUCCUCCCCUUCCCCUCCCCUUCCCAUCCUGCAUCCCCAGGCGAGCUCUAACCCCACCAUGAAAGCCAUCAGCCCGGUACGAUCCGUCCGGAGUUGCUACGAGGCCGUUUGCUGCCUCUCGGAGCAGAGUCUGGCCAUCGCCCGGGGGAGCAACAACAAGAGCCCGGCCUUGGAGGAACCCAUGAACUUACUCUACGAUAUGAACGAUUGCUAUUCCAAGUUGCGGGAACUGGUGCCGGGCAUCCCGCAAGGCAGCAAGGUGAGCCAGGUGGAGAUCCUCCAGCAUGUCAUCGACUACAUCUUCGACCUCCAGAUCGUGCUGGAGGAGGGGGCCAAGGGACGCGACCCCUCCUCCGAAGCCACCCUGCUCUCCCUUAAGGCGGCCGAGCUCGCCUCUGAACUCUGCUCCAAAGACGAGAGAAGUUUGUGUCACUAACGGCUCCUCCAUCAGCAAACAGGCAGUGAGUGUCGGUUCCUGGUUCGUUAUCAGCCGGAGGUAAAUAGCAGCUUCCUCCGUGGCGCCGGGCUGUCUGCGACCUACCGGCCCCGGCAUCGCCUCCCCCGGGCCCGGGCAGCGCAGGCGGGGAGCGGCUGGUCCCGACCCCCCCCCCGCUUCCUCCAUCCCUCCACCGCCAGCAUCCCGGCUUUAACAGGACUUUGGACCCGAACUUCAAGGAGAUAACUUUUAAUGAUAGACUGAUGAAGAGGCGGUUGUCUGUAUAUUUUUGGAUUAUAGCAGCGAGUCCUUUUUUUAAAGGUGUUUCGUGGGGUGGGGUGGGAGUGGGG